AUGCUGAUAAUACGUGCACCACCUGGAACUAAACUGGAAGCACCUGUACCAGAAAAUCCUAUGGAGCAACAACCUGUUCAAACGAUUUUCUCAUUAAAGCGUUCAUACAAAGUUCAUGUGAAAAGCUUCACAACACCGAUUCACGUCUUAUUGGUAAAUCAAGAAGAGGGUAGUGACAAAGCUCGUGUACUCCCUGUACCAGCAACUUCGGACUCGAUUGCUCUCGCUCGUCGUCCCGCCGCGAAAUCUAAUGAAGAGAAAGCAUUUGUGAGUCCAUUAUUGCCACUCAGUCCACCUCCCAGUGAAUGUGAUUUCAACUACAAUUUGGAAGAUACAGAAGGUGUCUGCGAUUUAUUUGAUAUUCCUGUUAUCUCUACAUCUGCCAACUGA